UUCGGAAUGUCGACCCUUCCUCCUGUUUGGACAAAGAUGGAGGCAAUGUGGGAAGGGGAGAGAGUCGCUGCACUAACACUGAACUAGGGGCAGGGCUGGAUUUCCCGGAUUUCUGUGCAGCUCCAGACUCUUAACUUGUUCUUUGAGCCUUCUCUGAGCCUAGUUUCCGAGUAUGGCUCACAGGGAGCGCAGAGGAGGGUCCAUGCUCCUGGGAGUCGUGGGAGUGAGGACCGCAGGGAGGGCAAACAUGGCGCACUGGGAAGCCUGUCUCUGAACGGCGGGACAAGUCCCGGCAAGGCCCGCUGGAGGCGUCGUGCCUCUCCAUGGCGACGGGACGCGUGGCCCGGAAGUGGGCGGAGCUGAUGGGGGGCGGGGCAUCUCUGUGACGCCAGGGGCUGGGCCUAAAUGGCGAAACCCGAGCGGCUCACAGGGGGGUUUGAACUGGCCAAUGGGCGAGCUGCCGACUGGGUGUCGGAAAAGGAGGCGGAAGCGGGGAGGAGCCGCCGCUGGAGCCGGACUGCAUCCGCCGCGGCGUCUCCAUGGCACGACCCUGGCCUCCGACUUCAACGACUUCAUAAGGAGGCGUUUCUGGGCGCAGCCGUGUCGCUCCUGGUUUCCAUCGUGUGGGAAAAACGGAGUAACGAGUCUCACGCAGAAAAAAGUCUUGAGAACACCUUGUGGCGCACCCAGUGUAACUGUGACGAAGCGAACCAUGAAGGACCGCUCUUCAACUCCCCCCUUACAUGUUCACGUGGAUGAGAACACCCCUGUCCACGUCCACAUAAAAAAACUCCCGAAACCAUCAGCGACCACCAGCCAGAAAUCUCAUAAGCGAGGAAUGAAAGGGGACACCGUGAAUGUGCGGCGGAGUGUCCGGGUGAAAACCAAGGUACCUUGGAUGCCCCCUGGAAAAUCAUCUGCCCGGCAUGUGGGAUGCAAGUGGGAGAAUCCACCUCAUUGCCUGGAGAUCACACCACCAUCUUCAGAAAAGCUGGUCUCAGUGAUGCGGUUAAGUGACCUCUCUACAGAAGAUGAUGACUCAGGUCACUGUAAAAUGAACCGUUAUGAUAAGAAGAUUGACAGUCUAAUGAACGCGGUUGGUUGUCUCAAGUCUGAGGUAAAGAUGCAGAAAGGUGAGCGCCAGAUGGCCAAAAGGUUCCUGGAGGAGCGGAAGGAGGAGCUGGAAGAGGUGGCCCAGGAACUGGCCGAGACGGAGCACGAGAACACGGUGCUCAGGCACAACAUUGAGCGCAUCAAGGAGGAGAAGGACUAUACCAUACUCCAGAAGAAACACCUACAGCAGGAGAAGGAGUGCCUCAUGUCCAAGCUGGUAGAGGCUGAAAUGGAUGGAGCAGCUGCUGCCAAACAAGUCAUGGCCUUGAAGGAUACCAUCGGGAAGCUAAAAACAGAGAAACAAAUGACCUGCACGGACAUCAACACCCUAACGAGGCAGAAGGAACUUCUCCUGCAGAAGCUGAGCACAUUUGAGGAGACCAACCGCACCCUCCGAGACCUGCUGAGGGAACAGCACUGUAAAGAGGUGAGAGAGGAUUCAGAAAGACUAAUGGAGCAACAGGGAGCUUUACUGAAACGGCUAGCAGAGGCAGACACAGAGAAAGCGCGCUUGCUGUUGCUGCUGCAAGACAAGGACAAGGAGGUAGAAGAGCUCCUCCAGGAAAUACAAUGUGAGAAGGCUCAAGCAAAGACAGCAUCUGAGCUUUCCAAGUCCAUGGAGUCCAUGCGUGGACAUUUGCAGGCACAGCUUCGAUGCAAAGAGGCUGAGAACAGUCGACUUUGCAUGCAGAUUAAGAACCUGGAGCGCAGUGGGAACCAGCACAAGGCAGAAGUGGAGGCCAUCAUGGAGCAGCUAAAGGAGUUGAAGCAAAAGGGAGAUCGAGACAAGGAAAACUUGAAGAAGGCCAUCCGAGCCCAGAAGGAGCGAGCCGAGAAGAGCGAGGAGUACGCUGAGCAGCUGCACGUACAACUUGCUGACAAGGAUCUUUAUGUCGCUGAAGCUUUAUCCACUCUGGAGUCGUGGAGGAGCCGCUACAACCAAGUUGUAAAAGACAAGGGAGACCUUGAGCUGGAAAUUAUUGUCCUGAACGACCGGGUGACAGAUCUUGUAAACCAACAACAUACCUUGGAGGAGAAAAUGCGAGAAGACCGGGACAGCCUGGUGGAGAGACUACAUCGUCAGACUGCCGAGUACUCUGCAUUCAAGCUGGAGAAUGAGAGGCUGAAGGCGAGCUUCGCCCCAAUGGAGGACAAGCUCAACCAGGCACAGCUCGAGGUCCAGCAGCUGAAGGCAUCAGUGAAGAACUACGAGGGAAUGAUUGACAACUAUAAGAGUCAGGUCAUGAAGACCAGAUUGGAAGCUGAUGAAGUGGCUGCCCAACUAGAACGUUGCGACAAAGAGAAUAAGAUCCUUAAAGAUGAGAUGAACAAAGAGAUUGAGGCGGCACGUCGGCAGUUCCAGUCCCAGCUGGCGGACCUGCAGCAGCUGCCUGACAUCCUCAAGAUCACGGAGGCAAAGCUGGCGGAGUGCCAAGACCAGUUACAGGGCUACGAGAGGAAGAACAUCGAUCUCACAGCCAUCAUAUCAGACCUGCGCAGCCGGAUCGAACAUCAGGGGGACAAGCUGGAGAUGGCGAGAGAGAAACAUCAGGCUUCCCAGAAGGAAAAUAAGCAGCUGAGUCUGAAGGUGGAUGAACUGGAGAGGAAACUGGAAGCGACCAGUGCCCAGAAUAUCGAGUUCCUACAGGUGAUUGCCAAGAGGGAGGAGGCAAUCCACCAGUCCCAGCUGCGGCUGGAGGAGAAAACACGGGAAUGUGGGAGCCUGGCAAGGCAGUUGGAGGCUGCCAUUGAAGAUGCUAGGAGGCAGGUGGAACAAACCAAGGAGCAUGCACUCUCCAAGGAACGAGCAGCCCAGAACAAAAUCCUGGACCUUGAGACCCAGCUGAGCAGAACCAAAACUGAACUCAGCCAGCUGCGGCGGAGCCGUGAAGAUGCUGACCGCCGCUACCAGAGCCGACUACAGGACCUGAAAGAUCGCCUGGAGCAGUCAGAGAGCACCAACCGAAGCAUGCAGAACUACGUCCAGUUCCUCAAGUCGUCAUAUGCCAAUGUGUUUGGGGAUAGUCCCUAUGCUACCUACCUGACCAGCUCCCCCAUCCGCUCCCGAUCUCCUCCUACCUGAGGCCACCUGUCUAGGGCCCAGAGCCCUGACUGAUUCCAUGGGAACUAAGGAGUUGCCAAGCCAUAGCUAAAAAGCAUGUGGGUUUUCCCCUCUCUCCCAGAUGAAGGGUGUUCAGGGUUUUCUCCUCAGUUACUAACUCCAGGAAAGUCCUAAAGCAACAGGGGAUGAGGCAGGAUGCACUUGGGUGUCUCAUCCCUGCUACAGUUUCCAGAUGGAAGAUUUCUUAAUUAUCUUCACAGCCCUUAAAUUACUACAUUAGGUUACCAGAUUUUAACUUACCAUGAUUUUGCUCCUUCCUUUCCCUAGAGAAUAUUUGAUCUAGACUUUUCACCCAUCCUCUUGUAGCCAUCAUCUUUUUAGAGAUCUCUUUCUUGAAUUUUCUCUGACCUGAACCAGCAGGAGCUCCUCCUAGGCUGUGAGCACCUUCACUUGUUUGUUUUCUGAUUUCACAGGUGUGGUGUUCUUCCCAAGUUUAAUGCAUAUCUCUCACACCUCAAUUCCUUAAGGCCACUGACCUCCAGACAUUGAUUACAGACCUUUGAGACCUGUGUCCAUUUGGCCUCUUACAAGUGUAAUCUCCUUCUCAUUGAUUUUUAUUUUUCUUUGCCUUUUUAUUUGUAUCUGUAGAAUUCAUUUAUUCUUGUAAUGGUUUGUGUGGUUUAUAAAAAGCUUUUAUAAUCAGUUA